AUGUCCCGGGCAGCGGCCAUCGCCAGCUCCCUCAUCCGCCAGAAGCGACAGGCGCGGGAGCGGGAGAAGCAGAACCAGUGCCGCGGCAGCACCAGCCCCAGCAACAGCAAAGGCGCCAACGAGAAACCCAGUAAACUCAAUGUGUUCUCCCGAGUCAAACUGUUCGGAUCCAGGAAGAAACGGAAGAGGAAGCGACCUCCAGAGCCCCAGCUGAAGGGGAUAGUGACCAGGCUCUCCAGUCGGCAGGGCUUCCAGCUGCAGAUGCAACCGGACGGAACCAUAGACGGCACCAAGGACGAGGACAGCCCUUGUGCUGUCUUCAACCUCAUCCCCGUCGGCCUUCGAGUGGUGGCCAUCCAAGGCGUCCAGACCAAGCUCUACCUGGCCAUGAACAACGAAGGCUUCCUCUACACCUCCACCUGUACUGUACUGUAUUCCUCAGACUGCGACCUGCUCAGCCCGUCACCCAUCGACCUCCUGAAAGACGAAGACGAUAAGACCCAGCCAAAUAAAUCCACGCCGACCGACACCCCUCCUCCGCUGCCCACCACCCCGAUCCCCGAUGACUACUACGAAGAAGCGGUGCCCCUGGAGAGCAGCUCCCACCCGCAGUACUUCACCACCAACACGCUCGCUUCGAGGAACUCUCAGGAAGAUGCUUAUUAUGAGGACGCAGACAACAACUACCCCACCACCAGGAUGAACGGAGCUCCCAAAAACUCAUAUAAUGACUCGGACGCUCUGAGCAGCUCCUAUGAGUCGUACGAGGAGGAGGAGGACGAGGCCAAAGGGCUGCCCACGCCUCAGACCUGGAUGCCCGAGGAGAACCCAGAGGAGCCGGUGAAGGACUGCAGGAUCUGUGCUUUCCUCAUGAGAAAGAAGCGAUUUGGACAGUGGAGCAAACAGCUGGUGGUGGUGCGGGACAAUAAGCUACAGUGCUUUAAAAGUAUCAAAGAGACCUCGCCGAACACCGAGCUCCCAUUGAGCCUGUGUAACGUCAUCUACGUCCCAAAGGAGGGCCGCAAGAAGAGACACGAGCUGCGCUUCUCUCUGCCUGGAGGGGAGGCUCUGGUGCUGGCCGUGCAGAGCAGAGAGCAGGCCCAGCGCUGGCUCAAGGUGGUGAAGGAUGUCGGCACCCAAUGCAGCAACACGGAGAACCUGGAUGGAUCCACGUCGCCAAUUAUACAGAGGAAGCUGGAGAUAGACAAGGUGAUGCUUUCAGACAAACAGGCCUCCGACUCCGACAGUGGCCCCACAGGAGACACUCACACUCUGGGUCGGGACAGCACCGACUCUCUCAACAGAGGGAAGAGAGGCGCCUUCUCUGAGCUCACUGGGUCCAUGAGUCGUGCGGCGGGGAGGAAAAUUAAUCGGAUUAUCACCUUCUCCAAACGCAGACCGCCCCCCGGAGACCCCCCCUCUUGCGCCGCGGGUCGCCAUGACAACCCCCGCUGUGGUUUGCUCAGUACAUGUGUGAACUGCGUGUGGAGAGAGCGCUGGUGCGUCCUGCGUGGAGGAAAACUCUACUUCUACAGAGAGUCGGGCGACAGGGCUCCGGUGCAGGUGGUCCCGCUGAAGGGCUCUGAGGUCGUCCCCGGAGGUCUCGGUCCCAAACAUCCCUUCUCCUUCCGCAUCCUGCAAUCGGGAAGCGAGCUGGCUUCACUGGAGGCCAGCUGCUCCGAGGACCUGGGGAGAUGGCUCGGGGUGCUGUUUGCGGAGACGGGACGCUCCACUCUGCCCGAGGAGCUCCACUACGACUACAUCGACGUGGACACGCUGACGGACAUACGGCACGCGGCACGCCACUCCUUCCUGUGGGCGACCAACGCUGCAGCCUCAUCGAGCAGCGCGUCCACGGACUCGCGCACGUACGACGAGGUCUACGAGAGCGUCGAGGACGCAGAUAGAAGCGCUCAGGUGCGACGCACGGCCUCCUUCUCCUCCAGAGACUCGGAGAAGACAGAGCAGCAGGCGGCCAUCAAGAGACACGCCUCCAACGUGAACCAGUACGGCCGCUACGGUAAGAUGCGAGCAGAGGAGGACGCCCGGCGCUACCUCCUGCAGAAGGAGGAGCUGGAGAAGCAGAAGGAGGCUCUGAAACACACUCUGCUCUCACUGCGGAGGCUCAAGAAGGAGGUCAAGGAGCAGCUGAAGACAGGCCCCGUUCCCACGUUGGAGCAGCGUCUGUCCGAUGUGGAGACUCAGCUGAAGCAGAAGGAGGAGGAGCGAGUGGAGCUGGAGCUGAAACUCACACAAGUCAAAGAGAAUCUGGAGAAGUCAUUGGCUCGUGGAUCUUUAGCCCCGCCCACCGACAGCAAGACGACCGCCAAGACUCAGGGCAGAAAACCAGAGCGGCUCUACACCGAGUCUCCACCGGUGAACGCCGCCUCGGAACUUCGGAAACGCCCGCCGUCCAUGUACUCCUCGUCCAAGGGCAGCGUGAUGCAGAAGGCCAAGGAAUGGGAGUCCAAGAAGAGCACCUGA